CAUGAGCGAUGAUGAGGAAAUUUUAAACCCAGAUGAACAGGAUUUAAAAGGAACAUCAAAGGACCCGGAACUAAUCUUUCUCCCGGAAAAAUCUCGGGAGAUAUAUUUUAGAGCAUACAAUAAUUUCAAUAAAUGGCGGGUUGAAAAUGGUGUUAACGCUUUGUCGGAAACUGUACUAUUAUCCUAUUUCAUGCAUUUGUCUCACACGAAGCAACCACCCACAAUGUGGAGUAUUUUCUCAAUGCUGAAAGCCACGAUGAAUAUCAAAGAUGAUGUGCACAUUGAGAAUUAUUCAGAACUCAUAACGUUUUUGAAAGGAAUGCAAGUGGGGCACAACCCGAAAAAGUCUAAAAUGUUUACAUUAUCUGACAUAGAUAAGUUUAUUAAGGAAGCUCCGGACAUAUUAUAUCUCGGCGCAAAAGUCAUACUCAUAAUUGGCAUAAACGGAGGAUGCCGAACCAAUGAACUCAUGAGCCUUACCGUCGAUGGCAUCGAAAAACAUUCAGACACCCUGUUAUUAAUAAAACUGCCAAACUCAAAGACGAGUACUGACAGAUCCUUUGUCGUUCGAUCGACAGAAUAUCUCCAGAUUGUCGAGCAUUACCAAUCUUUACGCCCGCCCAAUGCAAAGACGGACAGAUUUUUCGUGCAGUAUCACAAGGGCAAGUGUUCAGGACAGCCUAUGGGUCGCAAUAAGAUAGGCGGGAUACCGCGAGACAUCGCAACGUACUUAAAACUUCCGAAUCCUCAAGACUACACUGGGCAUUGUUUUAAGCGAACAUCGGCCUCGCUUUUGGCGGAUUCGGGGGCUGACCUCAGCUCUUUAAUACGACAUGACGAUAUUCGUCCGGGUACAUCUAGGCACAAACGUUGAAAGUCAACCCAAAUCGUCUCGCCGCUAAAUGGUCUCGCCGGAAGAUCAGCUCUGACUUUAGGGUUAGCAUUAUGCUGAGGCGGGACCAUUUCGUGGUAAACUAAUACUUUGUUUAAAAUUGUAAUCUUUUUUGAAAAUACAAAUCCACAACAUGCUUUGUCAAAGAAAUACAAAAACAAACAAAAAAAAAUGCUAUAUUUUUUUUGUAACACAAUUUACGCUUGUAUGAAAUAGUUUGCCAUGAAUAAACGAUUCUUGAAUCGAAAAUCUCGGUCUGUAUUGACCCCCUAAAAACUUAAGUUUUCGGUUUGUUUACGAAUAAAAGUGGCAGUGGGAUGACGACUGCUGCUGCGUUACUGUAGCAACGUUACUGUUGGUGGCAUUGAAAAUUUCCUUUAUGAAAUAAACGACGGAUUUAAUGUUCUCAUUCGUUCCAUCAUUAGCCGAAUGUCACCUUAACGUCUUAACAGUCUUUGCCAUUUAAUAAUAAUAAAAAAAUGCUGUCAUAACAUCUUUUGUAGCUUUUAGUUGAUUUUUAAUCCUGGUACAUUUAUUUGUGUGAUGAGCACGUAUAUUUGUUCCUGGGUCAUGUGAGUGAGUGUUUUCAAUGUUUAUAAGUACAUUUUUGUAUAUUAUAUUUUUGUCUGAGUACCCACCCACAACACAAGCCUUAUUGAGCUUACUGUGGGAUUUAAUCAAUUUGUGUAAAUAUUUAUUAGUAAUUUACAAUAACUAUUCUAGUUUUAAGGUGC